UUAUUUAUCUUGAACUUCGACCAAGAUUUACCUAAACCACUGACUAACGUACAUGCUCCAUGUCGUGACUAAUAUUCAAAAUGGCGAAUUGAGUGCAGUCAGUAGAUCCAGCAGAGUAGGAAAACUCACCAAUGGCUGCGUAGGAAGUGACAUUAAUUUUUUGCAUUAUAACAGAACAAUCAAUACAAAAUAAGAAGAGCUCUUUUGUACGUUCCGGGAGAUGAUCCCAAAAAAAUUAACAAGGCUUACAAACUCGAUGUAGAUUGUAUAGCUUUAGAUUGUGAAGAUGGAGUGGCCGCUAAUCGAAAGAGAUUCUACAAAAAAGAUAUUGCCGGAAAUCUGCCACACCCCUUUUUUAUAAGGUGAGAGUGAUAUGGAGGAGAGAGGACUUUCAAUCCCGAAAAUUGAGUUUUAUACUUAUAAUGAUCCCCAUGAACAUAAAAAAAAUAAAGUCGUGUCCUACUCAAAAUGCAAAAGGAACAAGCAAGAAAUACCAUAUUUGAAUUUUUGAAUAAUGGGAAACCAAAGAAAAGCAGGGAAUUUGAUUGGGGCGUUAGAAUAAAUUCUGUGAAAAGUGAACUCUGUCAGAAUGAUCUUGAUGUAAUACUAACUGCCCAAAAUCUGCCUGAUACGAUUUCUUUGCCUAAAGUAAACGACACGGAAGAACUAAAAUGGUUUUCAAGCCAACUGGAACGUUUUACUGCUCUCAAAACAAAGAUUUCUGUUAUUCUGUUCAUUGAAACUGCACAAGGAAUAAUGAAUUUGAAAGAAAUAUGUACGACAGCUAAAAAGCUAAGUGAAAACCGAAAUUUUGAACCAGUAGCUUUGGUAUUUGGCGGUGAUGACUACUUAGCUGAUAUCGGCGCAAGAAAAACUGACCAACUUACCGAAGUUUUAUAUGCACGACAAAAAUUAGUAAUGAUGGCCAAAGCAUUUCAGUUACAAGCUAUAGACGUGGUUUACAUUCAAUAUAAAGAUUUGGACGGCCUUAAACAACAAAGUAUCGAAGGUGCGAAUAUGGGUUAUACCGGAAAGCAGGUAAUACAUCCUGAUCAGGUCCCUGUUGUGCAAGAAGCAUUUCUUCCUUCCGAAAAGCAAAUAAAAUGGGCAAAAGAUUUGAUUGAAGCGUAUCACAAGUAUGCGGCCAGCGGAAAGGGUGCCUUUAAUUUCAACGGAAUUAUGGUAGAUUCUCCCACCUUAAAACAAGCAGAAAAUUUAAUUAAAUUCGUAGAAGUUGUAGGAAAAGAUACAAAUCAGUAAAUAAAUGGGUGUAUAUGAAUAAAUCAUAUUUCAAUGAU